GUAAACAAUCAAACAAAUGCAAUCAUCACCUCAACUUUGUCGCUCAUUAGAUGAAAUUUCGAUAAUUUUCGUAUCUUAUAGAGACGACUAACCGCUGUCUCCAUGCAACUAAAUGACCGCCUAAAGUUGCGUCGCUAUGGCCCAACCCGUCGACUUCUCCGCAUGGGCCUAAUCCUAACGAUCAUCUGGUUCAUGUUAGAGACAUACUAUAUCCACCAACUCCUUCUCAAUGCCAGUCUAUUCGACAAACCAAUCAAACCAGGCCAUCACUACCCGGGCCGCAUCUUUAUCGCAAGUCUGCAUUGGAACAACGAAGCAAUCCUGCGCGACGACUGGAACGAUGCUCUUGUUCAAUUAGUCUCCCAUCUAGGUCCCACGAAUGUAUUCGUAAGUGUCUACGAAAGCGGUAGUUGGGAUGAUUCCAAGGGCGCGUUGAGGGAAUUAGAUGCCAGACUUGAUGUGCUUGACGUGCCGCGGAAUAUUACUUUGUCAGAUGUUACGCAUCAGGAUGAGAUAUCUGCCACGCCGACGGCAGCUCAUGAGCAAGAAGGCUGGAUUGAUACGCCGCGUGGUCGUAGGGAGCUUAGACGGAUUCCGUAUCUUGCGCGAUUGAGGAAUUGGGGGUUGUUGAUUUUGGAGGAUCUGGCGAGGCAGGGAAUUGUGUUUGAUACGAUUUUGUUUUUGAAUGAUGUCGUGUUUACAACGGAGGACGUUUUGACAUUACUAGAUACGAACGGCGGCUCAUAUGCAGCAGCCUGUUCUCUAGACUUCUCCAAGCCACCGCAAUACUACGAUACUUUUGCUUUACGUGACUCUCAAGGCCAUGAACCCUUGAUGCAAACAUGGCCGUACUUUCGCUCUUGGGAAUCUCUUGACUCACUUCUCUCAAUGUCUCCAAUCCCAGUAACCAGUUGCUGGAACGGCAUGGUGGCCAUGCCAACAUCCCCCUUCCUAUCCCAAACCAACACCCCCCUACGUUUCAGAGGAAUCCCCGAUUCUCUCGCCCUCCACCACCUCGAAGGCUCAGAAUGCUGUCUAAUCCACGCCGACAACCCACUUUCAUCAACACACGGGGUAUAUCUCAACCCAAAAGUACGAGUUGGAUAUAACCGUGCCGCAUAUACAGCUGUUCAUCCGCUCAAACCCCAAAAUUGGAUUUCUUCUUCUUUUUCUCCAUCUUCGUCGUUAGCUCGGAUUGUGGUUUCCUUUUGGGAGAAUCGGUUGCGUCGCUGGUUCACGAUGCCGGUUUUUGAGAGGAGGGUUAUUCGGCGGAGGGUUAAAAAUUGGGAGAAUGAAGAAGGGAAUAGGCAUGAGCCGGGGGAGUUUUGUUUAAUUGAUGAGAUGCAGGUUCUUGUUAGUAAUGGAUGGGCGCAUGUAUAGGUAUUUACUCUUAGGUAGAUAUGAAGAUAUUUAGCUAAUCAUGGGCGUUAGAAAUAAAUCAUAUUUCAUAAAGGCAAUAAUAGUAAUUCUGGUAAUCAUCGAAUAAUAACAUCUCGAAAUGAGAACAAAACAACGCCUCGUCCACAAGUGGACUGGACCACCCUCCGUCACAAUUGAUAUUAGCAUAUAAACAGAUAUUGGAGUAUCAUCAAGACCGUAAAGCCACGAAACGAGAAAGAGUCAUUACAAACAAAAACUAAGCAGUUUGAAGUUACUUCAUAGGCCUUCGAGGCCACUGCUCUCACCAGCGGCCCAACGCCUUUGCCAUGCAUAAUAUGAAAAAGCAAAAACGUAGUGGACAGAGAAGUAGAAGCAGAAGGAGGAUAAAGAGGUCAUUCAGAGAAUGAGGAAGUGUUACACUUCCAUGGAAUCAACCAUCUCCUCACUCAUUGCGCGCACAGCACCUAUACGACGAGUCGAGGAGCUGAUAGGUUCAUCGUCGGAGGCCAAAUCACCAAGCCAGUAUCGCUGGCGUUUUUUCGCAGUGAUAUCGGGCGUAUAGUACGAAUCGUCAGGAAUCCGCUUGCCGACAGGUGUCGCGACACCAUCAUCUUCCCACAUGGCCAUAAUUUCAUCAUCGUCAUGGCUCAUUAUCGGAAUUCCGCGUAGAUAAACGUAGCAAACACGUUUGCGCUGUUUAUUGAAGAAGAAAUAAUUGUGACUCCAGAUUGCGCCGUCAUCAUCAUCAUUCAUAUCGUCUUCGGGCGAGUACGAAAAGAUGGCGCAGUCGUUAAGCGACAUCUCCUCAUCAAUGAGUUUCCACAUUCGCGGACCCCAGGCUGUCGUGGAACUGGUGCUGUAAGAACCCGAAAAUGAGUCAGUCGGGGGUGACGGCGACCCGUCAUCGCGUAGAUGAGGUCGCAGAUUGUGCAGAGUCAUAUCAAGCGUAUUCAUAACUUUCUUCAGACUCCGCUCACGACGGAAAUCGGUAGGUCGCAGAACAUGACUAUAGUCGUAGUCUGGAUGACUCGCAUUCAGCGUUGCGAUCAGGUAGGCAAAGGUCCUGCGACUGGAGUGUUCGGUGAGCGGACCAAAGGGACUUGAUCGCGACAAGUUCAGGGAUAGCGCGACGUUAUUCGGAGCAGAGGCCUUUGUCGGAGGCGAAAGUGAGGCGGAGAGUUUGAGGAGCGAUUCGUACUGCGAUUCCAGGGAUUGUUCGAUUUUGUGGUAGAGUUUGCGAUCGUCCGACGCUGCCUUUGUAAUGUAAAGAUCACAUCCCCCGACAACAUGUAAAUCGGGAGUGUCAAAAUUCAGAGCAUUCGACACUU